GCCGAGCCCCGCGCGCGGGGAGCGGGGCCGCCCGCGCCGCCCCAGCGUCGCCUCCCCGGGCGCCCGGGCGGAGCUGGUGGCGGUCGCCUCCCGGCUGUGGCGGCGGCGGCGGCGCGCCUGCCUGGCGGCCGUCGGCGUGGUCCUGGCCAUGGCGCUGGGGCUGCUCGUCGCGCUGCCGCUGCUGCUGCAGGCGGCGCCCCCCGGCGCCGCGCACUACGAGAUGAUGGGCACCUGCCGCAUGAUCUGCGACCCCUACGGCGCCGCGCCCGGCGGGGGCCCCGCGGGCGCCAAGGCGCCGCCGCCCGGACCCGGCACGGCGGCCCUGGAAGUCCUGCAGGACCUGAGCGCCCCCGCGCCGCCCCCGUUCGUCCCGGGACCCAAGGGCGACCCGGGCCGGCCCGGCAAGCCCGGACCGCGCGGCCCCCCCGGGGAGCCGGGCCCGCCGGGACCCCGGGGCCCCCCGGGCGAGAAGGGCGACUCCGGGAGGCCCGGCCUGCCCGGGCUGCAGCUGACGGCGGGCACGGCGGGCGGGGUCGGGGCGGCGGGCGGCGGACCCGGGGGCGGCGGCGACCCGGAGGCCGAAGUGGCGGGCGCGCUGAGCGCCGCCUUCGGGGGCCCCAAGAUCGCCUUCUACGUGGGCCUCAAGAGCCCCCACGAGGGCUACGAGGUGCUCAAGUUUGACGACGUGGUCACCAACCUGGGCAACCACUACGACCCCACGACCGGCAAGUUCAGCUGCCAGGUGCGCGGCAUCUACUUUUUCACCUACCACAUCCUGAUGCGCGGCGGCGACGGCACCAGCAUGUGGGCGGACCUCUGCAAGAACGGGCAGGUCCGGGCCAGCGCCAUCGCCCAGGACGCAGACCAGAACUACGAUUACGCCAGCAACAGUGUGGUGCUGCACCUCGACUCCGGGGACGAGGUGUACGUGAAGCUGGAUGGCGGGAAGGCGCACGGAGGGAACAACAACAAAUACAGCACGUUCUCCGGCUUCCUGCUGUACCCGGAUUAGGGGGCCCCGGAGCGCGGGGAGGGGCGCCCGCCGGGGAGCGCGCUGUUCUUUGGCGAGGGUCGCUCCGCCUGCGCCCCGCUGCCGGACAUCUCCGUGGGGGUUAAAAGACAUCCCUGCUGCUCUCCUUGCUCUGCUCCCCGGCCUCAGUGUGUCUGCGACUCACCGCGCUCAGGGCUGUGCUCCUGGUCCUUGUCCCCAACCCGGGUGGGGGGAGGAGGAGGAGGAGG